CAUCCACCUCUCUUCCCCGCCCUCCACUUCUUCCUCCCGGCAGCCCCAGCCCCAGCAAGCACCCGGCUAGCCACCUCCAGCUGGGGCUCCGGAGAGCAAUCCGGCUGCCCUCCUGGGGCAGCCCAAAACAUGGAAGCCUUCGCAGGUUGCUGAUCACCGCCAGGCGGCUGCUGCAACGACUGCAGAGGCGCUGCGCCAAGCGGCGCAGGAGUCGUGCGAGCCGGCGGGACUGCGGAGGGCGAGUGGACCCAGGGUUUUUGGGAGAAGUCAAUGGCGUAAUCCAGGAAGCCCUGAACCACGUGCCAACUGGGAAGGUGAUGGUCAGCGAGGCCAGCCCGGCCUAACCUGGGCCUCCUACCCCUACACCAGGAGUCCUUCCAACCUGCAGCCCCAGCCAUGGAGGGAGGACUGGAUGUGGGAGGCAGGAUCUGAGGGGCAGGGACCUAGGCAGAAGCAGGGUUUGCUGGUGGAGUAGAAGAACCUCUUGCUACGCUGGUGGACAAGAGGCCCUUGUCCUGCUGUCCCCGUGACUGUGGUGGGGGUCUUCACCCCUUUGGGCGCCUUCACUGACCUGGAAGAUCUGGGGCUGGAUUGAUGACUCCUAGCCAUCCCUGAGGCUCUGCGAGCUGCCUGAGACUUUAAACCAGGGGUAGCAGUCUGUGCCAAGCCCCACUGAAUCCAUUGGCAGAGGCAGCCGCCUGCAGCCUAGCCUGCAGGUCCUCGCUUGGUUCUGGGGUGUCGUGCCGAAAGGCAAAAGGAGAAGCCAUGCCAGGGAGUGGCCCCAGUGAGAGGAUGACAUGGCCCGGCCCUGCCCUCCCUACGCCCCCCACAACCCGCCCUCUCUCCUCAGCCCCGGGAACACCGCCCAUCCCACCGCUAACCAGGACCCGCAGCCUCAUGGCCAUGUCCCUGCCGGGAAGUAGACGGACCUCUGCUGGAUCUCGCAGUGGGGGCACUUUAGGCCGUAGCGGCCUGGCUGUGUUCGCCCAGUGCCCGCAGCUGCCCGCCAGCCGGAAUGAGCAGCUGCCUGUUCUCCCCGCCCCCAGGCGUACUUCUCCACCUGUGAGUGUGCGGGACGCCUACGGCACCUCUUCCCUCAGCAGCAGCAGCAACUCUGGCUCCUGCAAGGGCAGUGACAGCAGCCCCACGCCGAGGCGCUCCAUGAAGUAUACACUAUGCAGCGACAACCAUGGCAUCAAGCCCCCCACCCCAGAGCAGUACCUGACUCCACUGCAGCAGAAGGAAGUUUGCAUCCGGCACCUGAAGGCCCGGCUCAAGGACACACAGGACCGGCUCCAGGAUCGGGACACGGAGAUUGAUGACCUGAAGACCCAGCUGUCCCGCAUGCAGGAGGACUGGAUUGAGGAGGAAUGCCAUCGUGUGGAAGCCCAGCUGGCUCUGAAAGAGGCCCGCAAGGAGAUCAGGCAGCUCAAGCAGGUCAUCGACACGGUCAAGAACAACCUGAUUGACAAGGACAAGGGGCUGCAGAAGUACUUCGUGGACAUCAAUAUCCAGAACAAGAAGCUGGAGACACUGUUGCACAGCAUGGAGGUAGCCCAGAACGGAAUAGCCAAGGAGGAAGGAACCGGGGAGUCGGCUGGUGGGUCCCCUGCACGCUCCCUCACCCGCAGCUCCACCUACACCAAGCUGAGUGACCCAGCUGUCUGUGGUGACCGCCACCCAGGGGAUCCCUCCAGCGCCUCUGCUGAGGAUGGAGCUGACAGUGGCUUUGUGGCUGCGGACGACACACUGAGUCGGACGGACGCCCUGGAAGCCAGUAGCCUGCUAUCAUCAGGAGUGGACUGUGGCCUUGAGGAAGCCUCAUUGCACAGCUCCUUCAAUCUGGGCCCCCGAUUCCCUGCUAGCAACACCUAUGAGAAGCUGCUGUGCGGCAUGGAGGCUGGAGUGCAAGCCAGCUGCAUGCAGGAGCGGGCCAUCCAGACAGACUUCGUGCAGUACCAGCCUGACCUAGACACCAUCCUGGAGAAAGUAGGCCAGGCUCAGGUGUGUGGGACAGUCCCCAAGGACAGGCACUCAGAGCUGGAUCCCCACCCCUCAGGGCCCAGAGACCCCAACUCAGCAGUGGUGGUGACAGUAGGUGACGAGCCUGACGUCCCAGAGCCUAUCACCUGUGGGCCAGCUACACAUCAGCCUGCAGCCAACUCCAACCCGGGACUGCCCGUGAGUGUGAUGUGUCCUGUGGAAGAGGAGGAGGAGGCAGCUACCACCGAAAAGGAACCCAAGAGUUACUGGAGCCGCCACUACAUUGUGGAUCUGCUGGCUGUGGUAGUACCAGCUGUGCCAACAGUGGCCUGGCUCUGCCGCUCCCAGCGGCGCCAGGGCCAGCCCAUUUACAACAUCAGCUCCCUGCUUCGGGGCUGCUGCACAGUGGCCUUGCACUCCAUCCGCAGGAUCAGCUGCCGCUCACUGAGCCAGCCAAGCUCCAGCUCAGCAGGUGGCUCCCAACUCUGAGGAGGCUACCAUACCAGCCCUCCACUUCUGGCAGCCUGACCACUGAUUGUAGGAUGCCAUUUGCUGCCCCCCCCCAUCAGAUCCCUGUGGUCAUCCUCUUAUUUACUUUCAGGUCUGGAAUAGCACCCCGCACCCCAAAUGUUAAUAGUAUCAGGGAUUCAGAAAGGCAUCCCAAAGCUUCAAGAGAAAAAGUAAAGGUGGCCAGGUGAAGAGGGAGAAACUAAGAGUCCCUCUGGCCCCUCUGGCCACCCAGACUCAGACAAGGCAGGCCUUGCUCAGAAGGUCUCUGGCUGUGUUGACCUGGGGAUCUUCCUUUCCCUUGCACCAUCCUUCCCAGCACCCAGCACACUCCAUGUCUUCUCUCCCAGGCCACCCCUUGCCCUCCCUCUCCUAGGCUCCUGGACCAGUAUUACCUCCUCAAAUGGAGGCAGCCAGGACCCAAAAUGCAGAGAACCACUCCAAGCAGGGUCUCGCUGCCCAGGUCCCACUGACACUCCAGCCUCUCCUCCUCCCUUGCCCUGGGAUACAAAAGUGUGAUCCAGCUGGAAUAACCAGCUCAGGCAGGAAGGGUAGAGAGCAGGGUAGGUUCUGUGUCUGUCUGUCUGUCCUCCAGGCCUUCCCCAUAGUCUGUUUUCCUCAUGGCGUCUGGGUGUGUUAGAUCUUCACAAACUGUCCAGUGCCCCUCACCACUCCUGACACACUAACCAUGGGAUUGGGAGGGAGUCCUUACCCAAGCCCCAGCUUCCAUUGGGUGAAUCCUCCAGCACAGAGAAGGCAAGGCCAGCAGCUCUUGGGGCCCUUUACUCAUCUGUAGCCUAGAGGUGCCUCAGCAAGUUGGGAAAGUCAGAGGCCACUUGCCCCAGGCCCCUUUGACCUCAGACCCUGUGUUUGCACUCCAUUCCCUUAGGGUCUUGGUUUCCCGCCCACCCCAGAACCCCAAGUCUGCUUACUUUCUGGGAUGAAGGCUUCCGAAUCUCUGACCCAGUUGUCUCCAGAGGAAGGUGACCAUCUGGAGGGAUCUCCAGGUGGUGUCCUGAAGCCACAGCAUCUGCCUAUCCAUGCCAAAGCAAGGUCCCCUGGGUGUGCUUCCUAAGCAGGGGCAUGGCCAGGCAGUGGGAGCCUGCCUGGGCUGCUCCUGGUCCAGGCCCAUUCAGCCUGGGAAGAUGCCCUGAGCCUCACUCCCCUCUUCUUCCCAGAGAGGCCAUACCUACUUGACUGGCCCACACCGGGGAGUUGGUGGAAGCCUGCAUCUCACUCUCUGACAUAGGAGCCGCUCUGGUUCUCUGCUGAGGUCACUUGCCCUCACCGUUGCCCCAGUGACCACUACUUGACUCAUGAGUUCUGCCCCUCCACUCUGUGCCCUCCCCGGGGGCACCUGCAUGCACUGCGAGUGGGCAGCCAGCCUAGCCAUCAGGGCAAGAGCCCUCUGCCACACGCUUUGUGCCUCCAAAACUCCCCCACCUUCACUGGGGCCUCAGACCAGCCAUCCUUGGUGGAGCACCCCUACCCCAGCUGAACCAAACCCAAAUGCCCGAGGCCUCGCUGGGGCUGCCCCAUAGGACACUGGGGUGGUGCCAUGGAGACAGGGGAUAGAAGUGAUCCAAAGCCAAGCCAGGACUGGCCAUGGACUGAGCCUCCUGUGCCAUGCACUCAUGGAGCUCCAUAUGUCUCCUUAGCAACAGUCGAAGCUCUGCUGAGAAAAUAAAUGUAUGAACUAUAUUUGACAACAUAAAAAUCCAUAUAUUUUUCA